UGCACAAGAAUAAUAUUCAACUGGACGAAGUUGAUAAGGAGUUAGCCUUUUUAUAGAGUAAAAUUGGCGCAUGCGCACACACGAGUUUUGUUUCAGUAUUCCUUUGCGCCUUGCCCGUUGUAGUAGAUGUUGAAGUAGAAGAGGUUAUGAUCGUUAUGGACUUUAUACCAUAGCCGUAAUUCAAAUGCUAACUUCUCUUUUGUUAUUCCAUGGAAACCAUAUAGAAGUUUUUAGGACCGAGCUCGUCAUAUGUUUUAGAUCAAACAUAAACACAUUUGAUCUAAAUGUCUAAAAUUAUGUUUACUUUCAGUUAAAAUGUAUAGUUAAAUUCAUGUUUGAAGGAAACGUGUAACACAUUUCCCAUACGAUGCAUAUUAAUUGCGUUAUAUGUAGUGACUUAUUUGUAGGAGUAGACUCAGAAGUUGUAUGUGCUACAUCUUGUGGACAUCUCUUCCACCAACAUUGUUUACUGCAGUGGUAUGAAAGAUCACCAACGUGCCCUCAAUGUCGCCAGAAACAAAAGAACCAGAAGUUUACCAAGAUAUAUUUCAGUACUCCGAACACAACAGGCUCAUCACAGGAGGAUGCGAGUGCUCUCCAAAAUAAAAUUGAUUGCAUGACCUUCCAAAUAAAACUGAAGGACAUUGAGAUAAAAAAUCAACAAGAAGAUGUGGACAAAUUCAAGACACAGAAUAAAGGAUUGAGAGAAGAAAUAAGUAAAAUGAGGGAGCAGAUACGGGAAAGAGAAUCUCAAACCUAUACUUAUCAAGAUACAAUAAAAUCACUUAAACGAGAAUGUAAACAGCUACUUGAGUUCAAAUUAGAAGCAGAAGAUUUGAGAAAACAAAUAAAUAAUCUGAGGAGUAUAGAAGAUAUAUUACAUGGCUCUGUGACAGAUGUAGAUGAGAUCUUGGCAAGAACUGCCCUUGAUCCAACCACAUUGAGUAUGUGUGUUUCAACCUUUAAAAAAGAACUUGAUGUCUCCAAAAACCAGAAAUUAGAACUUCGAGAACUCCUCGUCAGUAGUCAGAAAGAAGCCAACAAACUAAAGUCUGAAGUAAAAAAACUAAAUGAAGAGAUUUCUGUUUUGAACAGAGUCAAUUUGAAACUUAAGGAGGAUAUUGCAUACAGUGAAGAGGACAUAAAAAACCUUCAGCAGAAGAUCAAAGAUCUUCAAAGUGCCAUUAUUUCUCCUGGUGAGAGCAAUCCUCGUGACAAGGCUCUUAGGAGGUUGCUACAAGAGAACCCUGCUCCAGAAAAUAUUGCGAACAACUUAGAUCAAUCAUUUAUAACAUCACCUACGUCCACAAGAAACUCUAAGAAAAGCUACUCUCCCCCAUCCCCAGGUCUGGCUUUUCGAAGGCGGAAGGAUGAUCUAAAAAUUAGCAUCUUUCAAAAACCACGUGUUUUAAGUACUGAAUCAGUAAAAUUAUCUCAGAAAGAAGACAGCUCAGAAAAUGUAUAUAAUGGUUUAGGAGGUCAUUCUAGAAGUGAUGAAUUUACUUUUCCAAAACAUGAUAAAUUCAAAAAACUUACAAAAAAGAAGAAUUUAUCAGCUUCAGCAGCCUCUGUUGCCAAAAAACUUAAACCUGACCCUUCUAAUUUAAAAUUAGAUUCUUUUUUUACGUAGUUAAACUUUUAAAUUAAGGCUUUUGCUGUUUAUUUUUCUACCUGUUAUAAUGUUGUAUAUAUUGUAUAUUGUAAAUUAUCAUCUUAUUUGUAGAGUUUAUAUUGUUUUUUAUAUCUGCACCGUCAAAAUUAAAUCUAGUUCAACAAUAAAUUGUAAAUUAACUAGUAUUAUUGUGGAUCAAUUACUAAAUGCAUGUAUAAACUUAAUGUUUGACACUAAACCUUUACGGUACUAUUUAAAAAAAACAUUUCAAAAAUUGUAUCAUCACUUUCAUAAAAUUAUAUGUAUUUAUUUUGUGAAAAUUGAA